AUGCAAUUAGCUCUACCAGAAAGUCUACCGACAUUAGUCGCAAAACGUUUCACGGCUGCCCGAGAUGCCAGUCAUCUGGUAUUUUCUUCAACCCACUUGUCGAUAAUCAACGCCGCAGGGAUAUCCUAUCAACUCCGAUACUGCCCAGCGCUUGCUAAGAAACCUUCCAACAUCAAACCCGACAAUGGACCCAAAGUCCCCAAGCCAGAUCCCUUCCAGAACCCUACCCCAGAGCUCCUGAUCGCGCAAUUCCCGCCCGAGAACCCCGCCUACAACCUCAUUCUCAACAAGUUCCCUGUGAUCCCGAAUCACUUCCUCCUCGUGACGAGAGACUGGCAAGCGCAGACUGAUGUGCUAGAGAAAGCCGACCUAGAGGCUACAUACGAGGUCCUGAAGGCGUGGAAUCCAUCUGAGCAGGGCCAAACGAAUGGCUCCAAGACCCAGGGCCAAGGCCAGAGCCAAAGCCUGUUCGCCUUCUUCAACUCCGGCGACGAUAGUGGUGCAAGCCAGCCGCACCGCCACCUCCAAUUCCUCCCCGUGGAAGCAAUGCGCCAACCGGGCUCGGAGACCUGGCAUCCGCUGAUUGACCUGCUCACCUCCCAAUGCACAUCCCCACCCUCCUCGCCUUCUUCAACGCCGAAAUUCCAACACCUCUCUGCGCUCUCCUUCGCUCACUUUGCUCUUCCGCUUCCGCCAAACCCCUCACCCGAAGCCCUCUACUCGGUCUACACCACUCUUUACAAAGCCGCCGUCGCAGCAACACAAGGUUAUAGCCCAUAUCAGUAUACCGAGCCCGUUCCAACACACGGCGCAUCACGUAUCAGCUACAAUCUUGCCAUGACUCGCUCCAAGAUGAUGAUUUGUCCCCGCCGGCAGGAGACAGCGGUCGUGCCGAUUGACGCCGCGGCAGCGGCUGACAUUGUUGACCCCGGGGUUCUUUCUUUGAACGGGACUAUUCUCGCAGCAACGCUUAUGGUCAAGGCCGAGAGUGAGUGGGAUGCUCUGAGAGAGAAUCCAGAGUUACUCACACAGGUUCUUACUACCGUCGGAUUCCCUCGAACAGACUCGAGGGGUCCUUCUUUGUGA